AUGUACAUUAACUUAGGUACUUCCGCCUUCCUUAGCAAGUUUAUUUUUGUUAUAAUUUUCCACAUUUCUAGGCUAGUUAGGAUCUGAAAAUCUAGAUCUAUUAGAAUUUAGAUUAAUUAGAUCUUCUAGAUCUCGACUAGAUUCGUUGAUUGCUAAGGCUAAGCUCACUUUGGAAAUCGGUUCUCGUUGAUGAAUCGGAGAACAUAAACCAGCCAUCAUGGAUAUUUUUCUUGGUGGAUUUUACAUACUGACUGUCUUGUGUGCUAUUCUGUACCUGCUAACAAGGGCAGCAUUACCAUCAGUCGCAGAUGCAGCCUUCAGUGUAUUCCAACGCACCUAUCUUGUGGUGUACCUGCUUGCUAUGGCUGGAGACUGGCUCCAAGGACCUCAUGUCUAUGCACUUUAUGAGAGCUAUGGGAUGAGCACAGAUCAGAUUGACAUAUUGUUUGUUGCUGGCUUUGGUUCAAGCAUGGUGGUAGGAACCAUUGUGGGUUCCAUUGCAGAUAAAUAUGGUAGAAGAACAAAUUGUAUAUUGUAUGGUGUACUUUAUGGUGCAGCCUGUGUAACAAAACAUUUUGGAAACUUCUGGAUACUUAUGAUUGGACGUUUGCUAGGUGGAACAGCUACUUCAAUACUUUACAGUGCAUUUGAAUCCUGGCUGGUGUAUGAACAUCAUAAGAGAGGAUUUGAUGCCAAUUUAUUGGGUAAUAUAUUCAGUUUGGGAGUUCUUGGGAAUUCAGUAGUUGCUAUAGUUGCAGGUUUGGUGGCCCAGAAGUUUGCUGAUUUGUUUGGCUAUGUAGCCCCAUUUGAUGUCUCUCUGUGUGUGCUGUCUUUAAUGGUUAUCAUUAUCAUCAUGACUUGGACUGAAAAUUAUGGAGACAAAACCAGCAACAUUUCCCAUUCCUUUGGUGUGGCACUUACUGCCAUCAAACAAGACCACAAAGUUUUAUGCCUUGGACUGAUUCAGUCAUUGUUUGAAGGUGCUAUGUACUGUUUUGUUUUGGAGUGGACACCAUCUUUAAGUAUAAUUAACAGAGGCAAGGCUGGUGCUCCAAAUGAAAUUGAAGAAGUCCACACAGAUAUUCCACAUGGACAUAUAUUUGCAGGGUUUAUGGUUGCCCUUAUGAUUGGCUCAUCACUGUUUAAACUGUUGUCCAAAUACACAUCAGUCGAAUCAUUCAUGAGGGUUGUGCUUUUUGUUGCUGCUCUAAGCUUGAUGACCCCAAUACUGUACAAAGGAAACCAGAUGGUGAUAUUUAUUGGCUUCUUAGUCUUUGAGAUGUGUGUUGGUAUCUUCUGGCCAUCUAUGGGAACAAUGAGGGGCAAAUAUGUAGCAGAAGAAACCAGAGCAACCACGAUGAACAUUUUCCGUGUGCCACUUAACAUGAUAGUAGUGGUUAUCUUACUACAGCACCUGGAGAGAGAUACCAUCUUUGAGUUUUGUGCAUUGUUUCUGAUCAUAGCUGUUGUAUGUCAGCAGUGGCUGUACACUCUGACAUAUUCAGCUUCAGGUCCUCAAAAAAUGUCAUUGAUUGUAUGAAGGUUUACCCAAGACUACUUACCUGAGCACCACUGCGGAUACACUCAGGAGAGAUAGUGUCACAGAGGAGAAGCCUAAGAAAGGAAUUGAUGAUGAAGAGGAAAUAGUCUAAAUAAAAAAAAUACAUAUUUACUGCUUUUGUGAACACAAUUUUUUUGUGUGGCAAUUGUAUCUUGUUGAUUUUAACAAAAUGUUUUGGUCUUGUAAUUUGUAUGUAUUUGGGUUAAUUUGACACAACCAUUAGUGGUUUUUGUAAAGAUCUUUGACUUAUACGUAUAUUUAUUUAUUUUUACCAAUUGCCAUUAGGUGCCAUAAAAAGUAACAUGAGAAAUUUUUGGCUUCAUCAAUCGUAGACUCCAUGGUUUGAAGCUAAAGGAAAUAUUUUCCCUUCAUUUACAGCAAUUUUUUUAACCAAAAUAUUUUGUUGCCUAAAGCAUUGUAAGAUUUGGUUCUAUUGGGCAAAACUUAUUCUGAAAGCAACAAUGUGAUAAAAAGCAUGAUUAUUAAGUAACUGUCUGCAUCUGAAUGAUGCCAUUGACUUACAUGGACUAAAUGGACUUCACUGCCUUGUUGUUACUUGAUCAUUCCAUUUCAACCUUUUUCGUGAAAUGUUAUAUCUAGCACUGACUCAUCAGUGCUGGCUUCAAUUUUACCAGUUUUAACUAGGUGUUUUAUUUGUAAUUGAUAGAAAGUUUAAGUAACCUUGAAAUAUUGAAAUCUUUAGUUUUUUUAUGACCUUCAACAUUAUUCAAUCAGAGGUUGGACCAUUUUUUUUUAAAGGGCAUUUUUGUCCCAAUCUUAUCCAAUUUGAAGAUCUGACAUAAAAAAACUAGUUAGAUGUUGGACUGUGUUAUGUAAGCCUCAAAUAUGUAGAGCUUCAUGCUGUCUACCAUUGCCUGGAGUAUCUCAGACAUUACAGCCUAUAGUAACCAUAGUCUCUCUCAUCUUUUGAAAUAAUUGAUGCAUUCUUUACAUUUCUAAAUAACAAUGUCCAUCCGCCACCAUCACUUCAGUAGCAAAAAAUCAAUCAGCAGAUGAUUCCAUUGAUAACACAACAAUUAGUGUUCAUUGUCUUUUAAUAUACUAACUUUAUCCUUGUUGAUUAAAUCAUUAUCAGAGAUGCCACAUUGUAUAGUUGACUACUAGAGUAUUUAUUAGUGCUACUUACAUUUGUAAAUAUUGCCUGCCACUAAAGAAACUUUUAUUCAUAUACUUAUGCUUGUUUUUGAACAAUGCAUUGGUCUGUGUUGUUUCUUUCAAUUAUCGUACUAGUAUUGUUCCUCACCUCAUUCUAGCAUUGAAAAGCUUGCACUAUAAGACUAGUCUCUCAUGAACUACAUUUGUGUCAUCUCAAUGAAAUGCAAUCAUUUAUAAUGAUACAUGUGGACAAACAAAAUAAUGUUAUGACAAAAACAAAUGUAUCAUAACAGCAAUAACUCCUCAUAUUUAUUAAAAACUUGAUGCCUUGGUUCUUGGAAAGCAGAUUUUUUUCAACAUUGGAAAUGUAAAACAAUUAUGAAAAUGUUUUUUUAGUUGUUUUUCUUUGAUUGAAUAUUUUUUCUGAAGUUCACCAGUAAAUUUGUCUUUGAUAUUACUGGGCUUUAGCAACAUCUUGACUUAAGGUAUAUUUACAAUUAAUAGCAUAAUAAAUUAGUUCAUAUUUGUAAUGUAUUGUACCUUAUGGUAUUUUUUUUAAAUGCUGUUUCAUUUUUAAUAUUUUUUCAGUUUUUUUGUAUUAUAAUUAACCUAUUGAAAUAUUCUGGUGAUAUAUAUAUAUAUAUAUAUAUAUAUAUAUAUAUAUAUAUAUAUAUAUAUAUAUAUAUAUAUAUAUAUAUAUAUAUAUAUAUAUAUAUAUAUAUAUAUAUAUAUAUAUAUAUAUAUAUAUAUAUGGUUCAGAUAAUAAUUGUUUAGAAAGAGUAAAAUAGAAUUUUAACUGAUACAGAGUGACUCAGUUGCAAUUCAUAUUUCAAGUGAUUCAGAGUGCUCAUUUUUAAGGAGUUUAUAAGAUUACUACUGAACUACCUAAAGUACUAGUUAGAAAUGUUGACAGCAGCACUGAAAACAGGGUCAAUUAAAAACCAAAAUAUGUUACAGUUGCAUUGCUUGUGUAGAAGUAUAAUUGUUAUAACAACAUUUGUAUUUCACACAAAAUUGAUCACACUUCACUUAGUUUCAAAUUAUAUUUGUUCUGUCUUAGUGUUGGUUAAAUGCUGAUAUAUAACAUUUUGUUUUGUGAUUUUUUAAAUUUGGAUAGCUUGGGAGCUUUUUGGCUUUGUAUGGUCCUGCUAGUCUCACAGAUUAUAGCAGGCAGAUAGUGACAUGAAAAAAAUACAGUUUGAUUCUUUUCAAGCUUCUUUUAAUCUCUAAAUUAUUUUUUUCUGAACAGGCAAAGUGUUGGGAGGGGUCAAAUAAUUUUUGUCUGUCACAUUAGUAACACUGAAUUCACUUGUUUGAUUUGUAUUACAACAUUUGGAAAGUUGGGCUACUAGAAUCUUUGUAAUGCUCCAAUGAGAUCCCAGCACAUUUUAUAUUGGCCAGUGUGCAGGAGUUGUAAACUAUAAUCAAUUUAUAUAACCCUUAAGAGAGUGAAGAACGCAAGGUCAAGGGGAGCUAAAACUAAGAAUUUUAUUAGACUGACUGUGAUGAGAAUAUGCAGCAUAAAAUAAAGUGUGAAUUGUUUCCUUGUCUCCUAACACUAUAGAAUAGAAGUGUUCAGUUACACAGUUCAGAAAAUGUUGUUUGUUUAGUGGUUCACUGUAUUGAUAUUAUUAUAUAACUUCUUGUUUUGAUCAGCUUGUGGUGACUUUGUUUUGGGUUUUCAUUGUGUUUUUUUUUAAAUAUUUCCACACAAAUCUUUGUUAUCAGUGAUGGCAUAGAUUUAUGUUUUUGUUUGGGUUGAAACUAUUUAUGCAACAAAUUGUGUGUGUUGUUGAAGAAGUCUCUGAUUAUCAUUAUGAACAUUGUUCACAUUUAUUUGACUUAUUGACGGAUGUAAUUCAUCCUUGAGGGAUUGAUUGGAUCUUUUGGUUCAUGUUAGUAACCCGACUGUUUAAAGUUCAAUAUAUUCUAUUUUUAACUCCAAA